GAGCAUAACCCAAAGGAGGAGCAGGAACAGGUCCUUGCCAGGUUUCCCCAGCCAGCCCAAUGCAUGAAGCUCUGCACCCCUAACUGAGACAAGUAUAGGGAACGGACAACUCCUCCAACAAUGCCUCGGGAACGACUCAGACUGCUGACCCCUGUGCUGACCGUCCAGCCCUCCACCGCUCAGCUAACACAGAGCCCCUGCCCACAUUGGAAGCUUUUUCGUCAAAGGUGUUAACUUCCCAGUGAUGACACACACAGUUCAUCAGUGGGUGUUGGGCUGGCACACCCUUUCCUUCAUGGCCUGCAUCACUAUCCAAGGGACUGCCUCUCACCCACCUGAGCCCCCAGACCCCAGCCCACCUGGUCCAGCCCAUUCCUGGAACCUCUUUGGGAAGCCUGGUGAUGGUUACUACACACAGGUGGAGGUUGGCACGCCCCCACAGAAGUUCAACGUGUUGGUUGAUACCGGGAGCAGCAACUUUGGCAUAGCAGGAGUUGCUGACGAGGGGCUUGACAGCUUCUUUGAAUCUGAAAACUCAUCAACCUUUGUUGACUUAGGGAAGGAAGUCAGGGUAAUAUAUACACAAGGCAGCUGGAGUGGGAGGCUGGGCCAGGAUGUGGUUUGCUUCCCUGGCGUGGAGGGAGUGGCCGCGCCCCUGAUGACUGACGUGGCACUCAUCACCUCCUCAAAAAACUUCUACGUCAACAAUUCAAAGUGGCAGGGUAUUGUUGGCCUUGCCUUCCCAGUGUUGGCUCAGCCCCAGGGAGCACUACAGUCCUGGCUAGAUGAAGUCACCACCAGGGGUAAUCUGUCCAACACAUUCACUCUUGAACUGUGUGGGCCAUCCAGAGAGAAUGGCCCUUCCUUGCACCAUGGCAGACUGACCAUUGGUUCUGGUGGUGGUGGGUGUUCCCCCAAGGCGGUGAGCUGCCCCAUCAGACGCAAGUGGUUCUAUGAGGUGGUGGUGACGGCCUUGAGUCUGGGAGGGAAGGCCGUCAAUGUGCCUUGCGUUACGUUCAACACUGACAAAAGCAUCGUGGACUCGGGCACAUCAAAUUUACGUCUGCCUUCACCUGUUUUCAAAGCAGUCAUUGCAGAAUUAAAGCUACAAACUUCAGACAUCAGCCCCCCUGUGCCGGAGGAAUUUUGGUCAGGAAACGAGGAGGUCUGCUGGUCUCAGGGCAGCGAGGAAAUGUGGCAAACCUUUCCCAACCUCACCAUAGACCUGGCCAGCGGUAACCAUACAACCAUCACCAUCACCAUCCAGCCCCAGUCCUACAUGCGCCCGGCGCCAGACACCAACUUGACCUCCUCAGAGUGCUGGGUGCUGGGGAUUGAUGAGUCACACACUGGAACAGUGUUGGGUGCAGUAAUACUAGAAGGCUUGUGUGUGACGUUUGAUCGGACACAAGGUGUGAUCAAAUUCUCAGAGUCUACGUGUGGGCCGCCUGUCACCCUCGGAGAAAUUCACAACACGGCAGACAUGAGUUUGUGUGUGUACACCCCCGAGGGAAUAGGCGGCCUGACCUUGGCCUCCUACAUCAUGAGUGGCAUCCUAGGCCUCCUCUCACUGCCCCUGGUGCUGGCGGCCCUCCGGUGGGCGUGGAGGGCCAUCUGCAGCGUACAACUAAACUCAGAAGUUCCCUUUAUAUAUUUAGAUGAAAGCAGUACCUGAGAGUGGCUUACUAGUUACUAACUAUAGCUUUCAUAUAUUGCAUUAGAUGGAGAGUCUCAGUUUAUUUAUUUAUUGUCAUAUUCAGGUUUAUGGGUAACUUAGUGCCUAACAAGUGACCUAAGAGCUACAAAUGGUGGUUAUUAUAAUUUAAUUUAAAUAUCCCUUGUAGGAGAUUUCUGGAGGUGGUGAGACUCCAAGCCCCCUCGCCACACUCUGCCUCUCAUUUCCCUGAUUCUCCUUAGCAACACAUGAAUGUGAAGGACCCCUUUAGGAUGUGAUAGUUCUUUGUCAUAGAUCACAGCCUAGCUCAUUAAAAUGAGCUGUCAACAAAGUUGUCUUAAUUCUAAAGACUUAUAAUAUCUUAGAAUAUUUAUGAGCCACAAUUGUACUACACUCGUCUGGAGCCGGGCAGCACACACUUCCUCCUACAUGUUGGUGCUAACAUGUCACUGUCCAUCACUGCAAACAGUGCCAGGACAUCGUGGCCCCGUCGUCCACCACUGGCUGGUGUGUUGGUAGGCUUCAUGUGCUAUCACAAGGCAGGAGCUCAUGGGGUGAGCAUGGGAGCUGGCCCUUCCCUAGCUCCCCCACACCAAAUGAAUACAGAAAUAUGAAAACACUGGGUACAAUCAAGUGUCCUUCAAACUCCACUAUGUCAAGUGUUUGUGUGUGUAUUUACCUAGUUUUAUUUACCUAGUUGUGAAAUACAGGAAAAGAGCCGUACUAGGCUCGUGCUGUCCCGUCUCCAUAACGCUUAUUAUCCAGUUUGGUUUUAAAUUUAUGAAUCGCUUUUGCACACACAGUCUCCUCGUCAAGUCCGUUCCAUGUUGAUUUGCUUCUGUAUGGAAAACUGUGUGUGUGUGUGUGUGUGUGUGUGUGUGUGUGUGUGUGUAUGUAUGUA